AGCUGAUUUAGCUGUUCUGACCACCCAACGAGCCCAGCCCUUCCUCCUAUCUCUCUCUUUCUCUCUCUGCAAAAGUAAUUUUCCAUCAGAGCUUGAAAACCCUAAUACUCACAAAGGAAGCACCUCUCCUCUUUGUUCUUCCUCUUCUUCUUCUCUCUUCUCCAAUUUGUAAUUACGCCUGUGCUUCUUCUCAUCCUCUCUGAUUCUGCCUUGUUUCCAAUUUCGAUCUUCACUUCUUCGCUCUCUUUCUCAUUUUCUCUUAAUCUUAUUCAGUUUUUCUGAUUCCUCCAUUUCUCCACCUCCGAUGGCCGAAGGAAAGUUCGAUCUGCCUGAUGAUCUCCUAUCAUCUAAACCGUCCGAUCACUCCUGGACCCCUAAAGUCGAAGCUUUGGGAAUUGAUGCAGAAAAAGUUUCUGCAGGUUUACAUGAUGAGACCAAAGAUCAACUUGCAUCAGAAAGCAGCAUACCUUUGUCUCCUCAGUGGCUUUACAGCAAACCAAGUGAAACCAAGAUGGACAUGCGUACUCUAACUUCAGCAUCCAUUGGGAAUUCCAAUGAUCCAAGCCAGAAGGAUGGUUGGCGCUUAGAUGGAUCUGAGGACAAAAAAGAUUGGAGAAGGAUAGCUACUGAGAACGAAAGUAGCCGCCGAUGGCGUGAAGAGGAAAGGGAAACUGGCCUACUUGGUUCUAGAAGAGAUCGUAGGAAAACAGAUCGUCGUGGUGACAAUGUUUCUAUCCGAGAAACAGCAGACAAUAGAGUUUUGCCAUCUCCUGAUCGGUGGCAUGAGGGUAGUAACCGUAACUCUGGGCAUGAAGCACGCCGAGAUAGUAAAUGGUCAUCUAGAUGGGGUCCUGAAGACAAAGAGAAGGAAUCCCGAAUUGAGAAGAGGAUAGAUGCGGACAAAGAAAAGGACGAUGCUCACUAUGACAAUCAAUCAGCAAUAGUUAGCAACCGUUCAGCUGACUCAGAUUCUCGUGAUAAGUGGAGACCAAGGCAUAGAAUGGAGGGUCACUCCACAGGUUCCACUUCCUAUCGUGCUGCACCUGGAUUUGGACUUGAGAGAGGUCGGGGUGAAGGUUCAAAUUUGGGGUUUGCUCUUGGACGAGGAAGAUCAAAUGCUAUUGGUCGAUCUUCAUCUGCAGGCAUCAUUACUGCUCCUCAUACACACAGAAGUGGAAAUGUUAUUGGAAAGCCAAACCUCUCAAUUGAGACAUUCUGCUAUCCUAGGGGUAAGCUGCUCGAUAUUUAUCGGAGACAGAAGCUUGAUUCAUCUUUUUCUGCAAUGCCUGAUGAGAUGGAGGAAUCUUUACCAAUAACGCAAGCUGACAUUGUUGAACCAUUGGCCUUUGUUGCUCCUGAUGCUGAAGAGGAGGUCACUCUUACUGACAUAUGGAAGGGGAAACUCACGAGUAGUGGUGUAGUAUAUAAUUCAUUCAGAAAAGGGAGGUCAACAGAAAAUGUUUCAGGUGCUGGAGAUGAUGAAUAUGUCGAGGGAAAAUUGGGUAUCCUCUCCUCAGUUCAAUCUGAAGUGACUGCUGAUACUUUUCAAGGUGCUGCAAACGAUGGUGCAUAUCAAACUGAUGGUGAUCAUUCCUUGUGGAAUCAUGAUUCACGUUUAAAUGCGCUAGAUGAAAAACAUCAUAAUCAUGAUGCAAACAAGGUUACUACUGACACUGCCAUAGGUUUGGAAUGUGAUGUUGCUGGGACUAUAAAAGAGAUUUUCACCUCUUCUGAUGGUGCUUCUCAGCUUAAUAUCAGUGAAAAUGGACAGAUAGUGAACUCUGCUUUGACUAGACAUUUUCAUUCUGAUGAUAUUGAUUUAGCCUCUUCUUUUGAUGUUAAAUCUAAGCUUCCUGAUGACUCAAACUCACUAUUUACUCUCCCCUCCCCUGACCAAGACAAUAGCAGCUCUUUGUUGCAUCUGGUAAGUAAAAGCGAGGCAAAAGAUCUGGAAAUGAGUACACCGCAUGAGGACUUGUACUUCUAUUACAUUGAUCCUCAUGGGAAUACUCAAGGACCAUUUCUUGGAGCUGACAUAAUUUUGUGGUUUGAAGAGGGCUAUUUUGGGACAGAUUUGCCAGUUCGCUUAGCAGAUGCUCCUGAAGGUACAUCUUUCCAAAGUUUGGGAGAUGUCAUGCCACACCUAAAACUGAGGGGAGUGUAUCCCAGUUCUGAACAGGAACAGUCUAGUGCUUUAGGAGGAAAAUUGGAGCCUGGUUUACCUCCUGCUGCUCCAGACAAUACUGAUUCAUCUGCAGUAAAUGAGUUGCGCCAGCCAUUGUCUGACUUGAGUAGCCUUUCAGCUCACCAUGUUCAGUCAAGAAUAUCUGAACCUGAAAAUCCACUUCAGUUGCCACACUCUGAGGGUCAAAGUUUUCAUGAUUUUGUUGCACAUGAUGAAGAAAUUGUUUUUCCAGGAAGGCCUGGUAGUAGCAGCUAUCCUAUCAUGCAACCAUCUGGGAAUGCUGGUGAUCCUUUAGUAAAAUCCAAUGGUCAACCAUCUCUUCUACAUGAAUUGACAGAACCUGGUUUACCAUAUCAGAGCGAUAACAAAUUGCACCCUUUUGGUUUGUUAUGGUCUGAGCUUGAAGGCUCUCAAACUAGACAACUUGACUCGCCUAAUAUACCUUCCAAUGUGGGAAGGCCUUCUCCAUUUGGUGCUAUGACCGAUCGAGGUGUAGAGAAAUGGUCUGAUGUUUAUAGACAAGAAAUGCUUUCUGUUCCUAACUCAUUUCAAGAUGCCACUGCUGCUCGCCAUUUGUCACGUAUUGAACAAGAGCCUAAUCAUUUUGGCCUAGCAGAACAGCAUAUGUCACGACAAUUUCAGCAGCAGCAGCAGCAGAUCCAACAACGAAAUAUGCUAUCAUCUCAUUCACACUUGAAUGAAUCACUUCUAGAACAUGUGCCAGGUCAGAAUCUUAUUCACCAUCAGCAGUUGGCCAACCAUCCUGUUCCGGAUCUGGAACAUCUUCUGGCACUUCAGUUGCAGCAACAGCAACAGCAACAGCAACAGCAACAGCAACAGCGGCAACUUCAGCUCCAACAGCAACAGCAGCAAUUACAUCAACAGCAAAAGCUUUUGCAGGAACGACAACAAUCACACGCUCGGCAGGUGCUUCUUGAACAGUUGUUGCAUGGUCAGAUGGCUGAUCCUGGCCCUGUACAAUCACGCGUUGACCCUCUUAGAGCUAACAAUGUUCUUGAUCAAGUUUUGUUGGAGCAACAGCUUCUGCAUGAGUUGCAACAACGGUCUCAUCAUCCUCAAAGGAACUUUGUUCCAUCUGUAGAGCAGCUUGCUCAAGCAAAAUUUGGUCAGGCAUCACAGCAAGAUCACCAUAGAGAUUUGAUUGAGCUAUUAUCCCGUGCACAACAUGGUCAAAUACAAUCCUUAGAGCAUCAGAUUCUCCAAGAACAGCUGCAGGCAAGGCAGUUGCCCAUGGGAUUGAGACAGCGGAUGAAUUUGGAAGAAGAGAGGCAUAUUGAUUCUAUGUGGCCACCGGUUAAUGAAAAUGAUCAGUUCUUCAGGAGUCUUAAUCAAAGAGCUCAUUCUUCAGGACUUAGCCCAUUAGAUUUUUAUCAGCAACAGCAGAGGCCACCACAUGAGGACCAGUUGAGCCACCUUGAAAGAAACCUGUCAUUUCAAGACCGACUGCUACUAGGGCUUUAUGAGCCUGGCUCAAUGCUGUUUGAGAGGUCCCUGUCUUUGCCUGCUGGUGCUUCGGGGAUGAACAUGGACAUUGUAAACGCUAUGGUUCAUGCUCAUGGUUUAGAUAUGCAGGAUUUGAGUUCACAAAUGCAAUCUUCUGGCCAAGUGGGAACAUUGUCUUCUGGAACGCAUCCACAUAAUCCUCAUCACCAUAUGGUUCCUAACCAAUUCCAUGUUUCACAUCUAGAUGCGAUUGAAGGCCACUGGCCUGAAAGCAAUGGGCCACUAACAAAUGACUGGAUGGAAUCUCGAAUUCAACAAUUGCACAUCAAUUCUGAACGGCAUAAAAGGGGGUCUGACAUUAAACUGACUGCUGAAGAUUCAAGUUUAUGGAUGUCAGAUGGAUUGAAUGAUGAAAAGUCUAGGCGAUUGUUAAUGGAAUUACUAAAUCAGAAAUCGGGUCAUCAAUCUUCUGAGACACUUCAGAUGAGUGAAGGAAUGCCCUUUGAGAAGAAGUCACCAUCAGGCAUUUACUCUGGAUCAAGCUCUUCAGAUCACCCUUUUGCUGUUGUUUCUGAAUGGGAAGCUAGUCAAAACAACUCAUUUGCAAUAGGAGCUUAUGGUUCUAAUGCUUGUGAAUCAGCAGAGGUUUCUUCAGCUGGUGAAAAGGCCAGCACAGAAAAAUUACUGUUUAGAUCUGAAUCUGGAGCAGCAUGUGAGGGAAAUUUAUCAUUGUUAGGCAUUAGUCAUAGUGCACAGGCAGUUCUCACAGAUCCUAAGUUUGUUGAUAAGUCAUCUAUCAAUAGAGAGUAUCUAGAGGUAGAAGGGAGGAAGCAUGGGUCCAAAGCGCAGGUUAUGGCAAAGAAUUCAGUUACUGAGAUCCACAAUGGCGUAGCUGAUCAAGCACAGCUGUCUAAUGCUGAUCGUGGAGAGGUUCCAGUUAAUUCUCUCAGCAGGCAUUCUUCUCUUGGGGUUUCUGGAUGUUAUGAUGACAAGAUUGGACAACAAAAUUUCACGGAAGAUAUUAACAUAAAUCGGGUGGCUGUACCAUCCAAGGGGCAAGAGAAUAUAUUGUUGAGGCGGCCACCUGUGUCUCGUGCUUCAUCAUCUCAAGAAGGGUUAUCUGAGCUGGCUGCUGAUACGGUUGUGAGGGGAAAAAGUUCCAGUGGUGUUGAGGGUGGAAAUCUGGUGAACCAAGGUGCUGACAGCACAACUUUUGGCAAGAAAGAUGUGCGUUUCCGAAGAACCUCAUCUUGUGGGGAUGCUGACGUGUCAGAGCCAUCAUUUAUAGACAUGCUUAAAAGUAAUGCCAAGAAGACCACUGCUUCAGAGGUACAAAUGACGGCAGCGGGGUCAGAAUCAUCAGAUGGGACACAAGGUGGCCGAAGUGGCAAAAAGAAAGGUAAAAAAGGGAGGCAAAUUGAUCCUGCUCUCCUUGGUUUUAAAGUAACAAGCAAUCGGAUCAUGAUGGGUGAAAUUCAACGGAUCGAGGAUUAACCUUUUGAUUUUUGUAAUUUCUUUUGUAUAUUUCUCAUUUUACAAACUGUAUAGGUUCACAGUAUACGCAUGGAAAACCAUUUAUUGACCAUUUCCCCUCUUUUUCUCGGGUCAUUUUAUCCCAUUGUAAUGGUAAAAUGUCUGAUAACAAAGGGCGAGUAAAAAUGCCUGUAAAUCCUGCGAUGGCGGCGAGUACGGUAACAGGAUCUUGUAUAGAUUAACAGUCGCACAUUAGAAGAUAAUCAAUUUAACAGAUUCAUAUUUUUGUCAACAA